AUGGGGUUCCAUGAUAUAUGGAUUGGAUGGAAUAAGGGGUGCCUCACAUCAGCCUCUAUAUCUAUUCUAGUGAAUGGAAGCCCAACCUCUGAAUUUAAGCCUCAAAGAGGUUUGAGACAAAGGGAUCCUUUGGCCCCCCUACUGUUUGACUUGGUUGCUGAAGGCUUGACAGGAAUGAUGAGGGAAGCAACAAUACAAGAUUGCUUCCAAAGCUUCUUCGUGGGAAAGAACAAGGUUCCAGUGAAUAUCCUCCAAUUUGCUGACGACACUAUUUUUUUUAGGGAAGGUUCAAUGGAUAAUGUUAAAGUUGUGAAGGCCAUUCUUAGAAGCUAUGAGAUGGUUUUUGGCCUGAGAAUCAAUUUUGCUAAGAGCCAAUUUGGAGCAAUUGGGCAAUCUGAGGAGUGGUGUUGUAUUGCUGCUGAUUUCUUAAAUUGUGCCAUGCUUCAUUUUCCCUUUUGUUACCUAGGGUUGCCAAUAGGUAUCAAUCCGAGAAGGAAGGUGGUGUGGGAGCCUAUAAUUAGGAAAUUGGAGCCUAGGUUGAACAAAUCGAGCCACAGAAGCAUCUCUAUGGCUGGCAGAAUCACCCUAAUUAAUGUUGUCUUAACAACAUUGCCCUUGUUCUAUCUGUCUUUUUUCAGGGCCCCAUCUGCAGUGAUUAAUAGACUAACUUCCAUUCAAAGAAACUUUCUUUGGGGUGGCAACUUAGAAGGGAAGAAGAUCGCUUGGGUAGCUUGGAGUCAAGUGUGUGCAUCUAGAGAAAGGGGAGGAUUGGGAAUUAAAGACAUCAAGGCCCUCAACAAUGCUCUUCUAAUUAAAUGGAAAUGGUUCAUGUUUCAGCAAACUGAUCAACUUUGGAGCCAAAUUCUGAUUUCGAAGUACAGAGGUUGGAGACGCUUGGAAGAGGGGCCACCAAAGCCACAUUUCUCUCACUGGUGGUAUGACUUGAGAUCCAUUAAUCAACAUCGGAGUAUGGCUGAGGUUUCUAAGCAGUUUAUUUGGAAGUUGGGAAGAGGAGAUCAAAUUUUGUUGUGGGAGGACUCUUGGGUUGAUGGUGGGAUAACUCUUAAAGAAAAAUAUCUAGAAUUAUAUCGAAUUUCCUUACAAAGACUUCAGACAGUAGCAGAUUUGGGUUCUUUCUGUGAAUCUAGGUGGGAAUGGAAGUUCUCUUGGAGGCGAAAUUUGUUUGAUAAUGAAAUGGGGAUAGCUUCAGCUUUUAUUGAUUAG